AUUUGGACCCGCGUUCAACUCUCAAACAAAAGCUUGCGAUUUGACAUCCGCCAACCUUCAACUACUCAACACCUCUUCUUCUCGGCAGACUGCGAGACAGGCCGUGUAGACGAUGGCUUCCUCAACCAUGCCUGUCCUCCGCCGGGCGCUACUCUAUGUGCCCGCCUCGUCUCCCAAGUUCCUCGCCAAGUCGCUCACCCUCACCAGCGACAACGUGACGUACGACCUCGAGGACUCGGUAACCCCAUCCAUGAAGGCCAAGGCGCGCACUGCCCUGCAAACCCACCUCCGCUCCCUGUCCUCCAAGCAGGCCACCUCCAUCGGCGAGAUCGCCGUGCGCAUCAACGCCGUCUCGACCCCGCACGCCAUUGCCGACAUCCGGGCCGUCGCCUCGCUUCCCAACCUCGACGCCAUCGUCGUCCCCAAAGUCAGCGGCGCCGCCGACCUAGCCCUGGUAGAGGACGUCAUCCGCCAGACGGCACCGCAGCGCGCCGGUACCACCACCACCACCACCGACAACCCCGACCCCGACCACAACAGCGACAGCAGCAACAACAGCAACAACAGCAACACCAAGAACCGGCCCAUCGCCGUCCUAGCCCUCAUCGAGUCGGCCAAGGCGGUCGUGGACCUCCGCGAGAUCUGCACGGCGACGCCCAACCUCCGCGGCCUCAUCUUUGCGGCCGAGGACUUCGCGCUCGACCUGUCGCUGCGCCGGACGCCGCACAUGCACGAGAUGGCGUACGCGCGCAGCGCCAUCGUCACGGCGGCGCGGGCGUUCGGCCUCGAGAGCGCCAUCGACGCCGUCUGCACCUCCCUCCGGGGGCCCGGAGCUCAGGAGCAGCUGGCGUUCGAGUGCGAGAACGGGCGGGGGUUCGGGUUCACUGGGAAACAGUGUAUCCAUCCCGAUCAAGUACCAUACGUUCAGCGCAUGUUCUCGCCCGACGCGGAACAAGUUGAAUGGGCAGCCCGCGUCGUCAUUGCUGACGAGAAGGCUUCGGCAGCCGGUAAAGGAGCCUUCUCGCUCGGCGGAAAGAUGAUUGAUGCUCCCGUGGUCGGAAAAGCCCGAGCAACACUCGCCGAGGCAAAACAGUGCGGCAUUGAUGUCGACGCGCUGAGGGACAAGUUCAAGGAUGAAUCCCCCGAGUAGUCCGAACAUUUCAGGGGCUGCGCAUUGUCAAGAUUGAGUCAUCC